UGGAAUUUACCUCAGAGAUGUUCAUUACGGUUCUCUAUGGGGACAACGAGGAGGCUCUUUUUAACCUCAACUGCAAAGUCCAACUGCUUCUGGAGAGCAUGAAAAGCUGCUGUCACCCCGAAAGCGAAGGGGACGUCGAUCUGGCUGAUGAAAGUGGGCAGGUGAAGAACCUUCUGGAUAAUCAGCAGCUGUAUGCAUCAGAAAUUCUCGCUGAGAGGGAGACCUAUGUGCUCCUCGCUGUGACCAAAACUGUCGGUUCAACAGACGCCAUAUUUACGCCUCUUCUGAAUGACGAAGGUAUCGUAAACCCCAAAUUCCUGGCAAAGUUAGGAAAUUGGGGAGAAUCCAAGCUCUCCGGUCGCAAAUCUAAGCAGAAGAAGCAAACCAAGAAAAAUACGGUAGUCGUUUCCACACCUCCUGACGCGGCUAAACCGAGUGCAUCCACCCGAAAACGAUCGUUGAAGCCGUGAAGAAAGAGCUGAAACCCAUCAAUUAUUUAAAUGUUUACCAUAUUUUUUGAUACAAUGUUUCUAAGCACAGGUCAUGU